AUGAACAUUCAUGACAACGAACAGCCUUUCCGCCAUCUUGACCUACCACGCGAGCUACGAGACAAGAUCUACGAACAUGCACUAGACUUCUAUAGCUGCUGGACAGACCCGUACACCAUCAAGGAUUACGCCAGGGUGCAUGCGAAAGCGCACAUAGUAAAGCGGCGACGUCUUGGCAUUAAUAUCCUCCUCGCAAACAAGCAGAUUCAUGAUGAAGCAUUUCCUAUCGUAGUGAAAACGAAUCUUCUAGUCCGGGUCGAGGUACGAAAUUCAAGGAUAAACAAAUGGUUACACGGGUCGACCCAACCAGUCCAUAUCUUGUCCAUGUCUUCAAUGGGCGAUGCGUCCGAGAGGGAAGAGAAGAUAAAGAAACACUCGGGCUAUGCGAUGGAGCUCGUUAUACAGACGCAACAAGCCACUAUUGAAUAUCACCGCCGCCCCGCACCAAGUGUGAUCCUGAUCCUCUGGGCGGAUCUGGGCAAAUUUUGCAAAAGGCUAGAGGUGGAAAGAAUGAGUACUCGAAGCGGAAACCCAAAUAGGCAAAAGAUGCACUGCGCACAGAUCAACGUCAAGCUUAACCCUGGUCUGAUUACUAGAGCGUAUGGAGGAGAUAUGAAUGUACUCUCUACUAGAUCCAUACACGAGCAGCUGUUACGGCCCUUACGAGAUGGCAUUCGAGGCUCUCCUGAUCUCGCCAUCGAAGGCUGUAUCGACGAAACCAUUGUACAAGAGACGAUACAGGCUGUCGAAAAACCAUACUGGCCUGAUUCCCAGAACCUCCUCAACGAGCUAUACAGGCAUAGAACACACGCUGGUGAUGCAUGGCUUAACCGAAACGAUCUACAGCGCGUAGCCGCAUGCGCCGACGGCAUCAGCCUGAUCGACCGCCUAUCUAUCAACAUGACGAAAUACCGUGCCCACGAACUUCCCCCUCACAUCCAUGCAGUGCUGGGUGUAAUAAGGGAGUAUCACUACUACUUCCACAUCACCAUCGCCCGCUGCCUCCUCGCUCACCUCAAGAAAAUCACUCAUGAAGACACAUACUCAAAUGUCGAGGAACUAUCCGCCAUCUACGCAGACAUGAACCACGUCUUGGAAUAUAUCGCUGUACCCGCUCAUGGUGACCCAGACGGCCACUUCCGUCAUCCCUUUCCCUGGUUCCCCACAUUUGAAUACAGGUAUUCUUCUUUUCUAAAUCACGAAGCGCAUUUUCUGCUUUCUUCCGCUGGACGCAUAUUGUUGGAGCAGUCGGUGGUGAAGGAUGACGAAGACCGUGCAGAGUUGGUUGAGAAAACGCGGAGACAUUUGCGCAGGGCGUUCGAAGUCGAAUGGGAGAACAAGGUGUACAAAGAAGAGAGGAGGCGGCUGGUUAACCUUGUAGGUAUUGAUCUACUGAUGAUGGGAAAGAGGCCGUUUCCUGUUACGCGUGAGGAUCGUGGUCAUUGUGUCCUCCAGGUGGGUGUCCUCCAGUUGAAAACGCCGCUCAGAUGA